GGCCUUAUCUUUAUCAUAUCUUAUCGUUAUCGUUAUCUGCCGCAACCCGCAUCCAUUCUCGACCGAGAAAAAAAUUCGAGAGGGCAGCUCAGGAGGAAGGACUGCUUUUGCUUUUGCUUUCGCAUUGACAGCUUCAUACCUACCUACACCCACACCACACCACGACUUGGUCAUCCACUUGGGACAGGAACCCUUCCGAACCAUUGUGGUGUACCAAAUACCAAGGACCAGUCAAUACAAUGGGCUCUCUUAAAAGAAAAGAAGCCCCGGGCGGCGAUAAUCCGCCCAAAAAAGCAAAGCCUUCCAAAGACACCCGGCCGUCGAAACGAGAUGCGACCAAGGAAGACGCUGCCACCCGCAACGGCGUCGAUACCAAGAAGAGGAAGACUGACACGGUUGCCGUUACCACCGCACCUAAGACUGUCGUUUCCCUUCUAAAGGAUGAAGAACCUCUGUUCCCCCGUGGCGGCGCCAGUGUCCUUACGCCGCUGGAACACAAACAAAUCCAGAUGCAGGCCAAGGCGGAUGCCCUUGCUGAGGACGAGUUCGACACCACCGAACAUACCAAGGCCAAGACGAAGAAGCUCAGAAGGAGAGAGUCGAAGGCCUUUGACUUGGAUGACUCGAAGAAGGGCAAGAGCAAGGGCUUCGCGGAUGAAGAUGCUGUCAGGGUUGAGAGCUUGAACUUCAAGCGCUUAGUGAAAGGCUCACUUGUGUUGGGCCAAAUAACCUCCAUUGGCCUACACAAUCUCACCGUCUCCCUCCCAAACAAUCUCACCGGCAACGUUUCUAUUGCGGCCAUCUCCGACGUGAUUACAGCCAGACUCCAAAAGGAUGCCGAAGAGUCAGACGAGGACAGCAACGAGGAGGAUGACGGCGGCGGCGACGACGACGAAGACAAUGGUGUCGACCUCAAGUCUCUCUUCGAGAUUGGGCAAUAUGUGCGUGCCUACGUGGUCUCUACCAAAGACGAGGAGAACACCGGCAAAUCCAAGGCCAAGCCCAGGCGCAACAUCGAACUAUCUCUCCGCCCCAGCGAAACCAACUCGGGCCUGUCCAAGGAUGAUGUCGUCCCCCAUGUUACCGUCAUGGCCGCCAUCACCAGCGUACAGGAUCACGGCUACGAGAUGGACCUCGGCAUCGACGGCAAGAAGCUCAAGGGUUUCUUGUCCAAGAAGGAAGUCGGUGCGAAUGCCGACGAGAUUAUGAACCUCCAGCCGGGCGCCGUCUUCUUGUGUCUCGUCAAGACCGUCUCGGGCAAGGUUGCCCAGUUGACCAUGGACCCGGCCAAGCUAGGUAGCGUCGAGGCCAUUGCGAAUACUGCCACCACCGUCAAUUCCUUCCAGCCCGGGUCGGCCGUCGACGUCUUGGUUACCGCCGUCAGCGGCCGAGGCCUCUCGGGCAAGAUUCUCGGCCACCUAACAGUUACCGCCGACUUGGUCCACUCCGGCGCGGGCCCCGACGGCGUCGACCUCGAAGCCAAGCAUAGGGUCGGCUCUCGUGUGAACGCCCGCGUCAUCUGCACCUUCCCCGCCGCGAGGGACCCCAAGCUCGGCAUCUCCCUGCUGCCUCACAUCACCAAGCUGCGGCCCAAGACCGCCGACGAGAGGGCCGCCAGGCCCAAGUCGCCCCUCGAUCUGCUUCCCAUCGCUUCCAUCGUCGAAGAGUGCACCGUGCGCAGCGUCGAACCCGACAUCGGUCUGUACGUCGAUCUGGGCGUGCCGGGUCUUUCGGGCUUCGUCCACAUUUCCAAGGUGAGGGAUGGCAAGGUGGACGCCCUCUACGAGACGAGCGGUGCCCACAAAGUGGGAUCCGUACAUCAGGGCCGCAUCAUAGGCUACAGCCCCUUGGACGGCAUGUUCGUCUUGUCUUUCGAAAAGUCCAUCCUCGAACAACGAUUCAUUCGGCUGGAAGACGUCCCCGUCGGCGAAGUCGUCAGCUGUACCAUCGAGAGGGUAGUCGUCGGCGCGAACGGAGUCAGCGGGCUGAUCUUGAAGCUGGCCGACGGCAUCACCGGCUACGUCCACGAGACCCAUCUCGCGGACGUCCGGCUACAGCACCCGGAGAGGAAGUUCCGGGAGGGUAUGACUGUGAAAGCACGCGUCCUCUCCGUCCGGCCCAGGAAGCGCCAGAUGCGGUUGACCCUGAAGAAGACCCUCGUCAACUCGGACGCCCCGAUUAUCCAGAGCUUUGACGAGGUUGCCGUCGGCACGCAGGCUCUGGGCACCAUUUGCGACAUCAAGCCCCAUGGAGCCCGGAUCGAGUUCUACCGAGGAGUUCGCGGGUUCCUGCCGGUUUCCGAAAUGAGCGAGGCCUACAUCCAGGAUCCGACCGAACAUUUCCGGGUGGGACAGGUAGUCAACGUGCACGUCUUGGAGGUCAAUCCGGAAGCCCGGAAACUCGUCGUGUCCUGCAAAGACCCGUCCGCCUUCGGGUUGGAGAAGCAGGCGGCCCUCAAAGCCCUGACGGUGGGCGACAUGGUCUCCGGCAAAGUCAUGCAGAAGACCGAGGACGAGAUCUUCAUCGAACUCGACAAGAGCGAGCUCAAGGCUAUUCUGCGCGUCGGUCACCUCACCGACAAGUCGGCAAGCAAGAACCAGUCGGCUUUCAAGAGACUGCACGUGGGCCAGGAACUCUCCGACCUGAUGGUCCUGGACAAGAACGAGCGGCGCCGGGCCAUCGUCCUCACCAUGAAGCCGAGCCUCAUCGACGCCAGCAAGAACGGCAAGCUUCUCCGCGGCUACGCAGAUGCCAAGGUGAAGGAUGUCGUGCCGGGCUUUGUGAGCAAUAUCCGUCCGGGAGCCGUGCUGGUCCAGUUUGGCGGCAACCUGGUCGGCGUCCUCUUCAAGACGAGGCUGCCCAAGGAGGACCAGGAGAAGGAGAACUUUGGACUACGGAAGCACCAGAGUCUUACCGUCAAGGUGGUUGCUGUGGACUUGGAGAAGAAUCGUCUCGUGGUCGCGCCGGCAUCCUCGGAGGACGGAUCCGCGGAAGAGAAAGAGAAGGCCAAGGAUAACAAGCAGACUACGCGCCCCCAGAUCCACGGACCCGUCCAGGACAUCGCCCUCGGUCAGAUCCUCGAUGCCCGGAUCGUCGGCAUUCACGCCACCCAGCUCAACGUCGAGACCGAAGACAAGGUGCAGGGCCGCGUCGACGUGUCUCAGAUUUUCGAUUCCUGGGACGACAUCCAAGACCCGAGCAACCCCCUCUCGCAGUUCAACAAGGGCGAUACCAUUCGCGUCCGCGCCAUGGGCCUGCACGACUCGAAGAACCACCGCUUCCUCGCCUUCUCCCACCGAUCGUACAACUCGGUCGUCGAGUUCACGGCCAAGCCCAGCGAUCUCGCCGCAGACGAACUGAAGCCCCUCUCCUCCCUCGCUCAACUCGAGCGCGGGGCCUCCUACGUGGCUUUCGUCAACAACGCGUCGCGCCAGUGCCUGUGGGUGAACAUCUCGCCCGUCGUUCGCGGUCGCGUCAGUGCCAUGGACGCCUCCGACGACGUCUCUCAGGCGAGCGAUCUGGUCUCGCACUUCCCCGUCGGCUCGGCCGUCCGCGUCCGGGUGGUCGACGUGGACCCGGCAAAACAACGCCUGGACCUCUCCGCCCGCACGUCCCCCGCCGUCUCGUGGGACUCGCUGAAGCCCAACAUGGUGCUCGCGGGCGUGGUCUCCCAGAUCAGCGAGCGGCAAGUGAUGGUCAAGCUGAGCCCGACGGUUUCCGGGUCGGUCCACCUGGUGGACGUGAAGGACGACUUUAGCGAGGCCAACACGCUCCACUUCAACAAGGGCGAGCCGAUCCGGGUCUCGGUCGUGGAGGUCGACAAGGCCAAUAAGCGUAUCCGGCUCUCGACGCGGCCGUCGCGCGUGCUCAACUCGUCGUCGCCCAUGGCGGACCGGGAGAUCACCGACGCGAAGCAGAUCGCGCCGGGCGACAUCAUCCGGGGUUUCGUCAAGCACGUCGGAGACAAGGGCGUGUUCGUGCUGCUGGGCGGCAAGGUGACCGCCAUGGUCAAGAUCGGCAACCUGUCGGACCGCUUCCUGAAGGAGUGGAAGGAUCAGUUCCAGGUCGACCAGCUGGUCAAGGGGCGCGUCCUCGCCGUGGACGCCGCCGGGUCGGGCCAUGUCGAGCUCAGCCUCAAGAGCUCGGUCGUCGACGAGGACUACACGCCGCUCGUCACGUACCGGGACCUCAAGCCGGGCCAGUUCGUGACGGGCAAGGUGCGCAAGGUGGAGGAUUUCGGCGCGUUCAUCGUGGUGGACGACUCGGCCAACGUGAGCGGCCUGUGCCAUCGGAGCGAGAUGGCGGACAAGCCGGUCGAGGACGCGAGGAAGCUCUACCAGGAGGGCGACCUGGUCAAGGCGAAGGUUCUCGACGUGAAUGCGGCGAAGAAGCGCGUCUCGUUCGGUCUCAAGCCUGCCUAUUUCGACGAGGAAGAAGAGGACACCGAUAUGGAGGACGGCGAGGGUGCUGUUUUGGUGUCGAGCGGCGAGGAGGAUGGUGAUGAGGACGUCGACAGCGACGAAGGGAUCGAUUUGAUGAAUGGCGGUGCACCUAUCAAGUUUAUUGGCCUGGAUAACGACGACUCGGAAGAGGACGACGAGGAUGAGGAUGAAGACGGAUCGGUGGACGAAGAAGACGAAGACGAAGACGAAGACGAAGACGAAGGUGCAGAGGAUGCCGUCGAUGACGACGGAGAUGUAUCCAUGUCCGGGCAAGCACAGAAGAAGAAGGAGAAGAUUGGCCUGGGAGCCGGAAAAUACGACUGGACCGGCCAUGCUUUCGACGACUCGGAUGAUGCAGCCGACGCGGCGGCGCCUACCACCCGGAAACAACAGACAUCCAAGCAGAAGCAGAGGAAGGAAGAGGACGGGAUCCAGAUCGACCGCACGGCGCAACUGGACGUCAACGGCCCCCAGACAGCGAGCGACUUUGAGCGACUCCUGCUCGGCCAACCGGACUCGUCGUCCCUCUGGAUCGCGUACAUGGCGCUGCAGAUGCAGGUCAGCGAGCUGAGCAAGGCGCGGGAGAUCGCGGAGCGCGCCAUCCGGACGAUCAACAUCCGGGAGGUGACGGAGAAGCUCAACGUGUGGAUCGCGUACCUCAACCUGGAGGUGGCCUACGGCACGAAGAAGACGGUGGACGAGGUGUUCCAGCGGGCGUGCCAGUACAACGACGACCGCGAGGUGCACGAGCGCCUGGCGACCAUCUACAUCCAGUCCAACAAGCGCAAGGCGGCCGACGCCCUGUUCCAGACGAUGCUCUCCCGGUACGGGUCCCAGUCGGUCGACGUCUGGACCAACUACGCGCACUUCCUCCACGUGACGCUCGGCGAGGCGGACCGGGCGCGCGCGCUCCUCCCCCGGGCGACGCAGGCGCUGGGCGAGCGCCACACGGCGGGGCUGAUGGCCAAGUUUGGGGCGCUGGAGUUCCGGUCGCCGCAUGGGGAUGCGGAGCGCGGGCGCACGACGUUUGAGACGCUGCUUGCGACGUGGCCGAAGCGGUUCGAUUACUGGAACCAGCUCGCGGACUUGGAGGUGUCUGCCGCCGAGCCGGAUGCCGCGGCCGUGAGGGACGUGUUUGAGCGCGGGGCGAGGGUGCGCGGGCUCAAGCCGCAGCGGGCUAUGAAGUGGUUCAAGCGCUGGGCGGAGUGGGAGGGGAAGACGGACCCCAAGGGGCCGGGACGGGAGAGGGUUAUGGCGAAGGCGCAGGAGUGGGUUGCGGCUGCGAAGGCGAGGAAGGAGGCGGCGGCGGCGAAGGGUGAGGGGGAGGGGGGUGAGGAGAUAUACGAGACCGUCGAGGUCGUCAGGGUCAGGUUCAGGGGUCGGUGA